CUGUGUGAAUGACUAGAGGAGCUGACAGUUGAGUACACGACACUCUUCACAGACCAACAUAGACUUCAGAAACUUCAGGAUACUAUCACGGCUGACAAAAUACGUCCUGCAACACCAACUAGUGACCAAAAAUCCUUUGAGAUGAUGGAUAAGGUAGAAGCCUUCUACAACAAUGGCUGGAGCAGCGGACAAAUUAGCAUGGUACUUGGUGAUAACACAUACUCGGUGUGUCUCUAUACUUCUAUGGAAACUAUUCUAUUCAAACAUUCAGAUUUGCGAAUUCAUAGAGAAUGGAAAGAUGGAGUCUGGAAGAUGGCAGAUAAGGUGAAGCCUGAUAAGAAAAGGAAAGCUGCUGCCUCAUCACAAAAUUCAGGAAUGGAUAAUGUUUUCCUAAGAAGGAGCGAGAGGGUGCCUAAACGAUCUAGAGACACAAAAACUCCAUUCAAGUCUGACAGAAAUCCGGCUUUAACUGUAAUACCUGAGAUUAUACCUGCAGUUGAUCCGUUUUCAACUCCUGCGGAACAUAAGCUUUCAAGGCUUCAAAAUUGGAUGACAUUAAAGCCCGGCAUGCAUGAAACGUCCCUAUCAAUCAAUGAUAAUAAGAUAAGGAAAUCUUUCUUUCAAAGCAUGGAAAAUGCAAAAAAGGACCUUAAGAAAGAGCACAUUGAUGGAGCCUUUGCAAUGCUAAAUUGCAGAAGAAAUGAGAAUGCUGCUUGGUUCCACAACUACAAGAUUCCAAAGGCGUGCUUCCUACCUAUGGAGUUCUUGCAUUGCUUGCUCUCUGAUGAUUUGGCUUACAAGAAAGAAAAGGUCAAAGGUAAAAAGAUUUUCAACGAUUUAUUUAAAGAUACUGUGAGAGGGAAGGUAUAUCCAGAGAAGACAUGGGGAGAAGAUGUUGAUGUUGUGUAUGGGAUUACUCUUGGAAAAAAAAGCAAUGUCUGGAUUGGGAUGGAAAUUCAUUUGAAGAAGAAAAGAAUCACAGUAUAUGAUUGUUUUCAAAAGGAAAGCAACAGCAUUGAUAUUCCUCAAGUGAAAAAGUUGGCAGUGUUGAUUUCUAAUCUGCUGGUGGAAUCUUCUGGUGAUGAGGUAGAUAAGGUGAAGAUGAUUCCAUUUGAGAUUGAGCAGGCACAAGGUUUACCCAAGACAAAACAUCCUUUCAACUGUGGGAUAUUUCUUGUCAAGAUUCUGGAGUGCCAGUCAUUGAAGAUAGGAGACAUGACAAAGAUUAAUGAUGACAAUGCAUUGGAGCUAAGGAGAACCUUGUCUUGUGAGAUCUUCAACCAAUUUGUGGAUGAGAGCUUUGGGAAAUGAGAAUGAUGCAUGAAAACAUUUUUUGUUUUAGUUAAGACUCGGUUUUAGUUAUGACUGUUUAUUUUGUUAUGUUGUUGGCGUCUGGUUACAUAAGAAAGAUUGGAAGGAUAUCAAGUAUUUUAUUUGGGUAUCAUAUAUCUUGGAAGGUUAAAAUAUUGUUUCUGGAUGGGUUUCCAGAAAAAAAGUUAAGUGUUUCAAAUGUAAAAAAGAAUGAAAUGAGAUUAUAUACUAAGGAUUGGACAUGUA